UAUGCACUCUUUGCCCAUAUAUUGCAACCCAUUCCUUUCUUAUCUUCAUUCCCUUAGACAGAGAAUCUAGAGAGAUAUGGGGCGAGCAAUUUUAGCAUGGCUCAUACUACUGAGCCUUGCAAUAUGCCCAAUAAAAUCGAAUACCAUUUUCCUCUACAAAUCAUGCAACAAAACAUUGUACCCUCAGCUUUGUUACGUGUACCUCUCGCCUUACUUAUCACGCAUCGGAACCAGUCCAAGACUCUUGGCGCAGACCGCACUUGCAGCAACCCUCAGCGCCACUCGCUCAACUUCUCGAAAUCUGACCACUUAUUCAAGAACCCACAAGAUAACUAAGAGGGAAUCGGGUGCCCUAAAAGAUUGUCUUGAAGAGAUAAGUGAUUCAGCAUAUGAGCUCCAUAUAUCCAUGGUGGAAAUGGGAAAGGUUCGAUCUGGAUCUGACUUUCUGUUUAACAUGAACAGUAUAGAAACUUGGGUCAGUGCUGCUUUGACAGAUGAUGACACAUGUACGGAUGGUUUUUCGGCUAAAAGUAUGAACGGAGAGUUAAAGAACGUGGUUCGUAAACAGGUUCUGAAUAUUGCGCAUUUGGCUAGCAUCGCACUCUCUUUUGUUAAUAAUUAUGCAAAGGGUUAAACAUCGGUUGAAAAUAUUUAUAGUCGAGUUUAUAUACGUGCUCUUUUUUGAGGAAAUUAUUAGUCAAUGGAUCUUGUCAAUAAUUUAUCCAAGAUGUAUUAUAUGUUUGUGCCUUUUUUUA